GGCGACUGCUCCGACUCCAUGAGGAUGGGAAGUUGCGCGAGCGGCUUUGGCGGAAUGUUUGCCGGUAUGUUUUGAUGCUAGCCGCUCGUGCGAACGUGACGUGAACCGCGUGGACUGCGUGUGUAGCAGAAAUGGUGCAGGUAAAUGUAAAGUAUGUCGGCACAAAGGUGAACCGCGUUCGUUUUAAACCAGAAAGUCAAGGUCUACUCAAUAGGCUCGAGUACUGCUUGGUUUCUGGAAGCUGGGACGACAAGCCGAACAGUUUGUCCUUGUGGGCAUGCUCUGCCAAACCGAGCGAAGAUUCCCCCGACGCCGGCAUGCGUCGCGUUCACACGGUUGAACUGGUGUCGGACAUAGGUGAUCUCUGUUUUGCAGGUGCGGACAUCUUGGCAGCUGCUCUGUCCUCUGGAGAAGUACGGCUCUAUCGCUGCUGCAGCAAUGAGCUGCAGGAACAGCAGCGAUGGAGCCACUUGCAUCCUGGCUAUCCAUGCACUGCCAUUGCAGCCCGUGGCCCAGCCAAACUUGCCACUGUUGGUGAAGAUGGCAGACUGUGCCAACUCAGUCCUGGUCGUCCUGAGGCAUUAAGAAUUAUUGAAGGAGCCAACAGUGGGUGUCCUACGUGCCUCUCCUAUGUGCGCCAGGAGCAUGUGAUCGUUGGAAACUUGGCUGGGCACUUGCAACUCUGGGACUUGGCAUCACCUGACCGACGACCAGCACAGGACCUUGCAUGGAAUGGCCAGCAGGUGACAUGUCUGGCGCAGCACCAGAGCCAGGGCCACCUGGUUGCCUGCGGUGCUGCUAGUGGCCAGCUCUCCCUGUGGGACCUACGCCAGACACGCCUAGCUACGGUCACCCUGGCAGCACCCACCCAGGGUGCCCUCUCCGACAUGGUGUUCCAUCCAGACGGCAGCCUGCUGUUUUGUGCACACGAUGGCUCACUUUUGUGCUGGGCUGCACCCGGCGCUGGACUGCCUCGGGGUGAAGUGGACAUGGAUGCCCUGGUUCGUCCUCAAGGGAGACCGCUGAACAGCCUCGAUCUCCAGGGUCCUCUGGUAGCGGCUGGUUCAGACAGUGAAACCCUCCUCCUUCUGUCGCACUGAUAAUGAAGAAACUAUAUGUGGAAAUAAAAUGAGUGCCCUUUAUUGGUUCAA